GUACCGAGGAAAUGCAUUUCAAUAUCCUGGAAACCCAUGUUGUGGAAAAACCCAUUUUCAACAGUAGGCGCUCCAUGAAUGCCCACUCUACCCUAUCAUAAGCUUUGCUCAUAUCCGUCUUAAUAGCCAUAAAGAGACCAAACUGGAUUAAGAAAACUUUGUGGAGAAAAAUGUGUGCUUUUUGGGACACUGAUAAAGCCAAAGAAAAGAGUUUGACGGCUUCAGUUGCUCGGAUGUCUGACCGUAAUGGUCUUGGUCCUCACAAGCACAACUCUGGGCAGAAGUCUUUCAAACAAAUCGAGCAAGAAUUGGUAGAGGAAUUGGGCAGACCGGUGACUCUUAGUGAAGUCUUCAUUAAGACUCAUACAAAAAAGGAUGGGACCUUUGUGGAUAUGAAAGCACAGGAGGUUGCUGAGGUGUAUCGGCGGAACAAACAGUCAAGGUUGGAGGACCUUAAGGCUGAAAACGCAGACCCUUCAGAGUCUAGUUCACAAGCUCCAGAGCUCUCUAUAGAUGAGGAUAAUGAGAUAUUCCUCCUGUCUACUUUCACAGACAAAAGAGGAAAACAUUAUGGAAUUGGAAGCCUCAAGAGUACUCUCGUCAAUGGAAAGCGGAAGUACAGUGCAUCCUCUUCAAUCCUGGACCUGCAAAAACAGCUUGAUGAAGCUCACCGCAAGAUCGAGGAGCAGGCUGCCCAGAAUGCAAUUGCUCUCCGCAAAAUCGAGGAGCAGGCUGCCCAAAAUGCAAACAAUCUCCGCAUCAUCGAAGAGCAGGCUGCUCAUAAUGCAGAGCAGGGAGCACAGCUCAAGGAGUUAUCGGUAAUGAACAAGUUUAUGACUGCAACAAAUCCUCAGUACGUUGAAUUCGUUGCAGCUAACAAGUCUGGUGAUUAAGUUCUCUUUUUCUUAGAAUCUAAGUUCUUUCUUUUGUGUACUUUCAAACUUAUGAUCAGGUGUUAAAGUAUUUUCAGCUUGUUAAACUCCUAAAUAAGGAGUUCUUUUGUAUCAAAACAUAAGCUUGUUAAAAUUUCCAGUUUCUUAUUA